AUGAGUUCUCGUGGCGCAGUGAUGCGCACUGAUCCAACAUACAAUGUAAAUACUGUAUCUAAAGUGUAUGCAGAUGCAUGUGAAAAGCUUGGAAAAGAAUGGUAUGAAGUUGAGACUUUCAAAUUGCCUCAUGGAUCUCCUGAUCUAUAUGAAAUAUUAGAUAGGAUAGGAUCUGGUAAAUAUAGUGAUGUUUUCACAGCAUACAAAGGAAAAGAAAUAGUAGCAAUUAAAAUAUUAAAACCUACUCGAGAUGUAAAAUUUCUCCGUGAAGCAAAAAUCUUAAUUGAUCUUAGAGGUGGCCCUAACAUUGUAAAUCUUUACGAUGUCGUUUAUACACCCUUAACAAAUCAAUACAGUUUUGUUUUCGAAUACAUCCCAGAGCUUAAAUGGCAAGAUUUAUUUGCUAGUAUGACAGAUUAUGAAGCAAGAGUCUACCUUUACCAAUUACUUAGGACAUUAGAUUAUGCUCACUCACAUGGAAUUAUGCAUCGCGAUGUGAAACCUUUAAAUAUAUUAUUUGACAAAAAGACUUACAAAUUGCGUCUCAUAGAUUGGGGACUUGCAGACUUUUACCAUCCAGGACAGAACUACCAGAUUCAUGUAGCAACACGUUACUAUAAACCUCCAGAAUUAUUAUUAGACUACCAAAAAUACGAUUAUUCCGUAGACAUGUGGUGCUUUGGUGUUACAAUGGCAAGCCUUGUCUUUAAGAUUUAUCCAUUUUUCAGAGGCUCCGAUGAUUUUGACAUGAUCAGCAAAAUUUCCAGUGUUUUAGGCACUGAUGGUCUAUCUGAAUACCUUGAUAAGUAUGGAAUACCACUUCCACCAAACAUCCAUGUAUACAAAUCUAAAAGGAAACCAUGGUGGUCAUUUGUAAACGGUGAAAAUGCAUCUUUAGCAAAUGAAGACGCCAUUGAUCUUUUAGACAAAUGCAUAGUAUACGACCACACAGAGAGAAUUACAGCAAAGGAAGCAAUGGCACAUCGAUAUUUCGAUCCAGUUCGAGAUCUUGAAUUUCCAUAA